UGCCACUGCACUCCAGCCUGGGUGAUGGAGCGAGACUCUGUCUCAAAAAAAAAAAGAGAGAGCAUCAGGUUAGGACCCUCAUCCCAAAUAAGUGUAAUAAAAUCAACAAUAUAAGUCCCAAGUCUUAUUUGUUCUGUUUUAUAUCCUGUAACAAGGUACAAAGUACCCUUUGUAUUUGAUUUCUAAAUGCCAAGCACCUUUCUGAACAAAAUUAAAAUGCCAUGAUGGGUCUCCAUAAUUCCUCUAUACUCAGUGCAGAGUCCCAUUUGAGAAGUGAGGGCAAAAGUAUGAAUAACAAUAGUAUCUUAGAUCCAUAAGCAGCUCAUCCCUAACAGACAAAGUGUUUUUGGGAAAAUAGACAUAUCUCUGGUCUUCAUUUUCCUAAUUAAUAAAAUGAAAGUGUUAGACUAGAUAACUGCUAAGAUUUCCUAUAACAUUAAUACUCUGUGAUUCUUUGACUUUCAACACUAUUAAUCUUUAGGAGAAAAAAAUCAUAUAUGUCUCCAGCAGUUCUAUUAACAUGAGGCAGUUUUAAUGAAACCUGAAAACAGUUAACUCAAGUAAGCCAGAAAAACAACCUGUCAACAAGGCACAGCAGAGACUGUAUGUCGUUUACUAAGGAAUAAAAAGGACCAUAAUGAAUGCAUGAAUAUACAAAUAAUUAACUCUUUCAAGAAGCAUCAUUUGAGUUGGCAUGACUUCAGCUAAAAAGUGCUGGUAUCAAGUGCUUUCACAGUUCUCCAAAGGAAGAAUCUUCUGUAUCAGUAAAUUAACAUUGCAAUAGACCCUUGAAUAAUCAGCAUCUAUUCUUUGGCAUGCAUAGUCCAUGGCUAAGGCUAGUAAUACUACUAUUAAAACCACUCACUCAACACAAAUUUCUUUCAAGAGGGCAGUAUUCAAAUCAUGAGCUUAUUCUAACCGAUGUUUAUUCCAAGCAGUGAUUCCUAGCCUAAAUUAUAGAAAGGUGGGCAAAUGAUUGAAGUAAAUUUUCUGUAGAAGAAACUAUUAUAAAAACUGGUUUUACAGAGAAUAACGCAUAUUCCAAAUAUACUUAAUUAGGGUGUGAGUUCAUUGUUACUGGACUAUAAAGUUAGAUUAUAAGCAAGGGUUAAAUUGUAUUGAGCCUGUUAUCUAUCACCCACAACAGUGUGGGCAAUGCCAGGCACAUAGAGAGGAUAGGUUUGAAAUGACUGACUACUGGGUCUGGGCUGAACGGCCAAGAGUUGGCUGGAAGAACAAGCGCCAAAGAGCACAGAUUUAUGAAGAAAUACAAGAGAAUGAGAAGGCACACAUUAGUCCAAACCAAGGUGGAAACCCCAGAGUACUAAAUACCAGAAAGAUCCAACAGACUCUGGAACUGUAGUCUAAGGUGAUGAAUGGGUUUGUCGGGGGAAGAUGAGGGUUACAAGGAGCUAUGAAGGAGUCUCACGUGACCUAACAAUAUAGAUUCUGAGGGCGUUGAUGGCAGAAGAAACAAAAUGCACAGGGAAAGAAAAUCUCAGUGUUAAAUCCAGAAGUAUGCCCGGAAGCCAAGAGAGAAAAUGAGCUGCAGACAGAACGGAGUAGCCCGCCAGUCAGCCAGUGAAGAAGUGAGGCUGGUUCAGCGGACAUGCGCGGCCUCGCUCUUUGGACUCGUCACCCGCCCCUCCCCCUCGCGCCGCCGUCACCCAGGAAACCGGCCGCAAUCGCCGGCGGACAUGAAGCUGGUCUCAUGGCAGCCUCCAAGAAGGCAGUUUGGGGGCCACUGGUGGGGGCGGUGGACCAGGGCACCAGUUCGACGCGCUUUUUGGUUUUCAAUUCAAAAACAGCUGAACUACUUAGUCAUCAUCAAGUGGAAAUAAAACAAGAGUUCCCAAGAGAAGGAUGGGUGGAACAGGACCCUAAGGAAAUUCUACAUUCUGUCUAUGAGUGUAUAGAGAAAACAUGUGAGAAACUUGGACAGCUCAAUAUUGAUAUUUCCAACAUAAAAGCUAUUGGUGUCAGCAACCAGAGGGAAACCACUGUAGUCUGGGACAAGAUAACUGGAGAGCCUCUCUACAAUGCUGUGGUGUGGCUUGAUCUAAGAACCCAGUCUACCGUCGAGAGUCUUAGUAAAAGAAUUCCAGGAAAUAAUAACUUUGUCAAGUCCAAGACAGGCCUUCCACUUAGCACUUACUUCAGUGCAGUGAAACUUCAUUGGCUCCUUGACAAUGUGAGAAAAGUUCAAAAGGCUGUUGAAGACAAACGAGCUCUUUUUGGGACUAUUGAUUCAUGGCUUAUUUGGAGCUUGACAGGAGGCGUCAGUGGAGGUGUCCACUGUACAGAUGUCACAAAUGCAAGUAGGACUAUGCUUUUCAACAUCCAUUCUUUGGAAUGGGAUAAACAACUCUGUGAUUUUUUUGGAAUUCCAAUGGAAAUUCUUCCCAAUGUCCGGAGUUCUUCUGAGAUCUAUGGCCUAAUGAAAGCUGGGGCCUUGGAAGGUGUGCCAAUAUCUGGGUGUUUAGGGGACCAGUCUGCUGCAUUGGUGGGACAAAUGUGCUUCCAGAUUGGAGAAGCCAAAAAUACGUAUGGAACAGGAUGUUUCUUACUAUGCAAUACAGGCCAUAAGUGUGUAUUUUCUGAUCAUGGCCUUCUCACCACAGUGGCUUACAAACUUGGUAGAGACAAACCGGUAUAUUAUGCUUUGGAAGGUUCUGUAGCUAUAGCUGGUGCUGUUGUUCGCUGGCUAAGAGACAAUCUUGGAAUUAUAAAGACCUCAGAAGAAAUUGAAAAACUUGCUAAAGAAGUAGGUACUUCUUAUGGAUGCUACUUCGUCCCAGCAUUUUCGGGGUUAUAUGCACCUUAUUGGGAGCCCAGCGCAAGAGGGAUAAUCUGUGGACUCACUCAGUUCACCAACAAAUGCCAUAUUGCUUUUGCUGCAUUAGAAGCUGUUUGUUUCCAAACUCGAGAGAUUUUGGAUGCCAUGAAUCGAGACUGUGGAAUUCCACUCAGUCAUUUGCAGGUAGAUGGAGGAAUGACCAGCAACAAAAUUCUUAUGCAGCUACAAGCAGACAUUCUGUGUAUUCCAGUAGUGAAGCCCUCGAUGCCCGAAACCACUGCACUGGGUGCUGCCAUGGCGGCAGGGGCUGCAGAAGGAGUCAACAUAUGGAGUCUUGAACCCGAAGAUUUGUCUGCCGUCACGAUGGAGCGGUUUGAACCUCAGAUUAAUGCUGAGGAAAGUGAAAUUCGUUAUUCUACAUGGAAGAAAGCUGUGAUGAAGUCAAUGGGUUGGGUUACAACUCAAUCUCCAGAAAGUGGUGACCCUAGUAUCUUCUGUAGUCUGCCCUUGGGCUUCUUUAUAGUGAGUAGCAUGAUAAUGUUAAUUGGAGCAAGGUACAUCUCAGGUGUUCCGUAAAACCUACCAACUCAUGGAUUCCCAAGAUGCGAGCUUUUCACAUAAUGAAAGAACCCAGCAAUUCUGUCUCUUAAUGUGAUGACACUAUUCAUAGACUUUGAUUUUAUUUAUUAGCUACUUGCUGCAUGACCCUCCAAGUAGACCUGUGGCUUAAAAUAAAGAAAAUGCAGCAAAAAGAAUGCUAUAGAAA